AUGGCUUUGGACAAACCCGAUCUUGGUUUUGUAAAAGAUUUGGUUCCUAAUUUACAAUUUGUUGAAGGAAACUCCGGCCAUGAUCUUCUACUUGUCCAGGCCAACUUCUUUGAAUGUGAUGGAGUAGCGAUCGGAUUAGAAAUUUCACAUAAGAUCAUCGAUGCUUUCACAAUUAGCACAUUCCUCACAGCUGGUCUUCAAUUUCCUGUGCUGUCAGUGCGCUGUGCAAAAUCCUACGCGAGCAGAAGUCGUGUCAGCACUGAUUUGGAAAUGUGCGAUGAAAGCAUCAACUGCAAACUUGGGUUCUGCAAGACCAUCAUCGUCGACAUGGUUGCAAAUGGUGAACAUGCGGAAAAUAUUGGCGCCACCAUCUGUGGAGAACAUGAUGGGGAACCUUUUGGGGUUAUUUCAAGCAAAUGGACGAGAGGGGAAAGUGAGGAUGAUCUUCAAGGCUUGGUUGCUGCAAUGAGGAAGGGGUAUGAUGAAUUUAAGGUGAAUUGGUGCAGGUUGGUGUUUUAUGAAACCGAUUUUGGAUGGGGAAAGCCAUUGAUGGUUGUUCCUCCAACUGAAGGAAUCAAGAAUAUGACUAUGAUGAAGGACACUAGUGAUGGACAUGGCAUUGAAGCGCACUUGACUUUGAAAGAGGAAGACAUGGCCAUUUUUGAAAAAAAUGAGGAGCUGCUGGCAUAUGCUUCUCUAAAUCCAUGUGUCAUAUAG